AAACCGGAAGUCACGCAAUCGUCUCAUCUUGAACCAUGCUUGAAUGGAGGUGACCUUACUUAUUCACAGAUUGUCAAAUAAAAACAUCUGAGGCAGAGUGGUCGUGGGUGCAGCAGGUCCGUGGCUCCAGUUCCGCCGUGUUUAAUGUAGAAGUUGUGUUGAAUCUGUGGGAAGAACAGCAGAAAUGGCAGAGGCUCAUCAGGCACGCGUUCAGGCUGUGGUAGAAGAAAUGGUCCAAAGUCUGGAGAGCGACCACAUACGGAAAAUGCAGGGUCGUAUGUUCAGGUGCAGUGCUGAGUGCUGUGACCGCUCCUCAGACUCCAUGACCCAGGUGCAUCAGUGCAUAGAGAAGUGUCACAACCCUCUGGCUCAAGCCCAAGGACUGGUCACCUCAGAGCUGGAGAAGUUUCAGGACCGUCUGACCAGAUGCACGAUGCACUGCAAUGACAAAGCGAAAGACCUUUUCGACUCUGGUGCCAAAGAGCCAGCUGUUCGAUCACUGAUGGACCGCUGUGUGGGCAGUUGUGUGGACGACCAUGUUAACCUGAUUCCCAGCAUGACUCGAAGACUUAAAGAGAAUCUGGACUCUAUACAUCAGUGAAGAUGACUGCAGUUUGUCCUGCAGACAGUCUGAGGUCUUUUUUACACAGAUACAGCAGUGCAGGGUCAGCUCACUCAGUCUGACCUGAGGAUGAUUCAAAGGGUAAACGUUAUAGUGGCUGUAAAAGCUGACAAUGUGAAGAUUUAAACAGCAUGUCUGCUACAAACAUGUCACUGUGAGAUUUGUUAUUGUAUAAUCUGAAUAUUUCUGGCUUGUAAGAUGUUGGUUCGUCUGUGCUCUUGCUGUAAGAAGGAGUUUCAGUGAUGCAUCUGCUGUUACCUCACUGUAUAGGGACAACAUACAUUUCAUAAAUACUUAAAAAUAGACUUGUUUGAUGUUAACUUUUUAAUACAACAAUGAAGUGAAGCUCUGAAAAGAUGUGCACUUAACCAUUGACAGAUUUUUGAACAUGCUUUAUGCAUAUUGGAGUCCAGUCAGUCAUGUUUAAUUCCUGAAGUUCAUCAUGCCAUUUGACCAUUGUUUAUCUUAUCAUGUCCACUGUAUAAUGUGACUGUUUUACCUCCUACAGUGAGAUGUGUUUGUAUACCAGAAUUAAACAUACUGUAGGCGGAACUGA